AUGUCGCUGCAUGCCUGGGACUGGGAGGAUGAAGACGUGGAGAGCAUGGAGCCCAUGGGUGCCUUGAGCAACUUUUGCCAGUCCAUGAGCGAGUGCCAAGUGGAGGAGUGCCUGAGUGCCAAGGCCCAGGAGUCAGAGUCUGACCAGCAGUACAGCAGUAGCAGGUCCCCAGAUGGGCGUGCCAGCACUUUCAGCUCCGAAGUGCCCCAGGUGGUCCCCUGCAAAUUCAUCAUCUCACUGGCCUUCCCAGUGAAUAUCUGUCCAAAAGGAAAAUGCGUCAGGUUGGUCGAAAAACACAAGAAACACCCUAAAAUGGACAAACCUGCUGCAAAGGGUCACCACACCUACCACAUUGAGUAUUUCCUCCUGCCAGAUGACAAAGAGCCUGAAAAAGUUGACCUGGUGGUGUUUCCGGCGGUGGUCAAAGUGUUACUGGAUUCAGGAGUAAAGACCGUGAAGCCAUGGCACGAAGGGGACAAAGUCUGGGUGUCAUGGACCCAAAAUUUUGACAUCAACGUGACAAAGGAAUUACUAAAGAAAAUAAAUUUUUACAAAAUAACCUUGAUGCUCUGGGACACUACAGACAAGGUUUCAAAAAAAGUCAGGUAUUUUCGAUUAAAGAAAGCUGGAUGUUUAGAAGAUACAGAAUCUUUGGGUAAGUCUGAAGUGAAACGUUUGGUUUUAAAUCAGAGAAGACCGUCUGAAGCAAGCAUUCAGGUCAAUGAAGAAUGGAACCAGGAGUAUGAACCAGGAAAGCCAGAAAAAGCAGGAAAACUCUUAAAGCCUUUCCAUGUUAAAUGGAAGGAAGCGGAGAGGGGCAGGAAAAACCAGAAGAAAAGAAAGAAGUACCCAGCAGAGGAGGAAGCCGACCCCAAGCUGGCGGACUACUGGGCGCAGGGCGCCUUCUCCAUCCAGCUGGCGGUCAUGCCGCUCCUCGCAGGAUGGCAAACUGUGAGGCUCUGCACCCCCGUGUACUGCAGGUACCAGUUUCAUAAGGCUCCGGUUCACCAGACUGAGGGGCAGCCCCAUGGAAGCCGCGUCUCCUUCCAGGACAUCAAUGUCAUCUUCCUUGGGGCAAUUCACCCCAGUGACCUGAGGGAAUACCUGGAGGGCCCUCCCAUGGUGGUAGAAGUUCAUGACCGGGACCGAAAGUCAGAGGAGUAUUCCCGGAAGCCCACCCUGUUUGGGGAGGACCCCCUGGAUUCGUACCUCAACUCCCAGGCCUUCAUCUCUCCCAAAGAGACAGAGAACAACCCCUUUGAAUCCCAAAACAAAACGUGGGACCCUUAUGGCAUCGCCCGGGUAAGUUUUGCUGACCUCCUCCUUGGCCAAAAGUACUUGAACUUGGCUGUCCCCAUCCACAGCUGUGAGUCCAAGCCCAUACACCACGGCCAGGACAGCAGGAGCAGGAAAGUUGUGGGGUUUAGGGUCCCUACAGAUGUCCUCCAUUGCGGCCCAAUGCCCAUGGGCAACUACCUGGAGGCCAACUCCCUGCUCAAGCUGCGGGUAGACAUCGCGGUGCCCCUGCAGGCCGCAGCAGAAGGCCCCGAGCCCGACCUCGCCGACGCCCAGUUUGGCCGCAUCGUUUUCGUGUUUGACUCCAGGAAGAGCUUCCUCCUGUACAGCGUGCUGCAGGACAUCACCAUGAUCAACGCCAGAGCCCUCGACCUGGACUCCUACCCCAUGGCCACCAUCCGGCAGAUCCUGUCCGCCUUCAAGGUCCGGGUGAAGAUCCAGGAAAGGCAGGACCUGGACGUGCUCACCGGCUUCCACCUGCUGGAUGGGAAGACCCACCUCCUCAUUCUGGAAGGCUUGGCUGACCAAGGCUUGAAGCGGCUGUGGGAGAGCCACCAAGGCCGAAUUACCAAAUCAGAGUACAGGAAACACAAGGUGCUCUACAACUCUCAGCUGCUGUUUCAGCACCGCCUCUACGCAGACAUGGACACCAUCCUGUACCACGUGCACCUCUUCAAGCCACUGUCACAGCUCAUGAAGCACAUGGCGCUCUACCUCCACAACAGCGUGAUGAAGAAGGCCUUCCAGACCCUGACCAGGAUCUACUACAUCUGUCAUUACACCACCAAGCUCAGGGAGGUGAUCACAAGAGACUUGCUGCCUUCCUCUGCCAUGAUCAAAGACUUGAGCCAAAAGUUUGGCUUGCCCAUUUCACUAGAAGAACUCACCGAUGGGAACUUUGUGGCCAUGCUGCCUCAUCCUACCUCCAAUCUUGAGGACUUUCGAAGUCGGAAUUCCACCCUCAAUUAUGAGAUCCUUGCCCACCAGGAGAAGUACCUGCAGUGGCGGAACGUUAUGAUGUCGAGGAAUAAAAGCCAGAAUCACAGUCUGAUCCAGGAUGGGCAAGAAGUGCUGUGUGCAGGGCUCAACCACACCAAAAGCACUCACUCAUAA